AUGCCCGGUGUCAAAUCGUUUUGCUCAUUCAUCUCCUGCCACGAGCGCUCAGCGGUUGAAGUGAUUCAGUCCACUGUAGCUCAGCCGGCCAACAGCAAAGGUCCCACAGUGCCCAUUUACCCAGCUAUUCAAAUAACCUCUGCAAGCAGUCUAACUGACAUGUCUUCUCCUAAAGAUUUCAACGGAAAGGUGGUUCUAGAAUACAAGGCACUGCAAAUUCAAGCAGACGUCACCAAGGACGAAGACUGCCGCCGCAUUGUGGAAAGCACCGUCAAUCACUUUGGAAAACUAGACAUUCUAGUAAACAACGCUGGAGGAGGUGCAUUUGGCAGUAUCUACGACCCCAAACUGAUGAGCACACUGGAGCACAUGAUCAAGCUUGAUCUGCGAUCAGUUGUAUUGAUCACACAGUUGGCAGUGCCGCAUUUGGAAAAGACCAAGGGAAAUAUUGUGAUGAUAUCGUCAACACUUUCCACUAAACCAAAUGCCCACUUUAUGCCGUACUGCAUAGCUAAAGCAGCUGUCGAUUCAUUUGCUCGCUGCAUAGCCCUUGAACUUGGCCCCAAAGGCAUUAGAGUAAACACCGUCAAUCCAACUGCAGUGCGAACAAACUUCCAGGCUGCCACUGGUGCUGGUGAAAUACUAGAUGGUGUGCUGAAGCACCUCGAACAAACUAACCCACUGGGACGCAUUGGAACGACAGAGGACGUGGUCAACGCCAUUGGGUAUCUCGCCUCACCAGAAGCGUCCUUUGUCACUGGCGCCAGUCUGCUCGUCGAUGGAGCCAGCGUUCAUGUGUAG